UUGAAACUUGAAAUGACGAUGUUCCAAAUACUCCAGCGGUGUGCUUUUUCUCUUUGAGAAUGCUAGUAAAGUGCAUCAGCUAGCAGGAUAACUCGCGCUUCAUCCAUGGCCUCGUCGAUUAAUCAAUCUCCUGAUACCAAGAACCGAGUGCCUCUAACUGAUCUCACUGAAUCGGACCAUCUUAUUCAGAAUUCCUUAUGCGACGACAUCCGUAAUCUCAACAUCGAAUUGAAGACGGCCAAGAAUAAAAAUCAAGAGGAGGAGAUUGUAGCUACGAAAUCACAUGAAGAUGAUCAAAUUAAACGCGACUUUGAGGAUGAGCGUGUUGUCUCGAAACCUAAUUCAUCAUUUAUGUACCAACAUCUUCGCUCUCUUGAGGUGGAAGAGAAGAGGAGGCCAUUACCAGGUUACAUGAAGAAAGUUCAGAAGAACAUUAUUACUCCGGCUAUGAGAGGAAUACUAUUGGAUUGGUUGGUUGAGGUUUCAAAAGAAUACAGACUUGAACCAGACACCCUUUAUCUCACAGCAUCUUAUAUUGAUAGAUUCUUAUCACAACGGGCAAUAAAGGAAGCCGAGCUUCAGCUUCUCGGUGUUACCUGUAUUCUAAUCGCUUCCAAAUAUGGUGAGCUCCGUCCUCCAAAUGUUGAAGAAUUUUGCUAUGUAACGGACAAUACAUAUAGGAAAGAUGAAGUGAUGAAUAUGGAGAAGGAAGUUGUCAAGGUUUUGAAUUUUGAAAUGGGUAAUCCAACUGUUAUGACAUUUCUCAGGACUUUCAAUAGGAUUUUUCAUGAAAUCUUCAGUUGUCUGGAUUUAAGGUUUUUGGUACAUUACCUUGCAGAGCUUAGUUUGAUGGACUAUAGAUGUAUAAGUUUCUCACCGUCAUUGAUUGCUGCAUCAGUCGUCUUCCUUUCCAGAUUCAUAAUGCAACCAAAGGAACAUCCAUGGAACAUGUCUUUACAAUGCUACUCAAGUUAUACACCUCCCAAUCUGAAGCAUUGUGUCAAUUACCUUCAAGAUUUGGUGUUGGAUAAAAAAGGAGUCUUUUUGAGAGCUGUGAAGGAAAAAUACUCCAAGUCUAAGUUCAGGUCUGUUGCAACGCUGUCUUGUCCUUCUGAAAUUCCUGGUACCUAUUUUGAGGCAUUCUAUGAACCCAGAGAUGGCGAAAAACAUUGA